AUGCAAAAAGAAAAAAUAAGUCUGAUAAUUCUGCGAAUUUUUAUAUUCAGUUACAAAGUGAUAGGACUGGCUACGUUCUCGGUACGGUCCAAAAGCUUCAAGAUUUUGAAAGACCCUAAGGUAGAUACCGGAAACCAUAAUGGAACAGACGAAGACGGAUCCCUUGAUAUUUCAAUGCAAUUUGUUUAUUCGAGAUUCGGUACCAUGUAUAACGUGUUACUCACCUGUUUCUUAUUGGUGAUGAAUUACCUAAGCAUUCCGUCCAUCUACUCUGAAUCGUAUUCAAACACGACGCCACUGAUUAGAGUGAUUGUAGCGGCGCAGGCAGCUGGCGGUAUCUUUGUGAUGAUCACAGCCAUCUUGGUCUACACUGUCAAGCAGAAGACUGCAUUGCGAAUUGCUGGCAAGAUCACACAGAUGGAUCAUGUCUUGCUGAAGAUGGAUGAUAUAUUUUGGGACGACUUCAGCAUUUGGCUCUUUCUCUUGUUUCUGGGAAGCAUUGCUCUUUGGAUAAAUCAUUUGGUCUUGGAGGUAAUUGCCUUCGAUGAGAACAUGAUACCCUUGUUUAGCGUGACUGUUCCUAGCUUCAUUGUCUACUGGCUGGUGCUUCAGUACACCUUCGUCUUGAUUCUUAUCGAACGUAGGUUCAGGAUCAUUAAUCAAGCGCUACGUGCUCUGAUCCCCAAGAGCAACCUCAUGACUGAUUGUUAUCCAGGAAUUCCUUUGAACCUGCCUGAAUAUAUAUUAGUCAAUAAUUCAACAAUCAGAAGUAUAAAGAAACUGCACAUGGCUUACACGACACUUUGCGAAGUCUGUCUCGAGGUCUCCGAAUAUUAUGGAGUUUCUAUCCUACUCGCAAUUUCUUAUUAUUUUUAUUCUUUGGUCUACAACGCUUAUUCCAUUUUGGGUCCAUUCGUCGUGUCCAGGGAGCAGAUAAAACUUUUUAUUCUACUAGACUCUAUCUCAUGGCUUAUCAUCCUUGUAUUUCCUAUCGCCGUUCUUACAUGGAGCGUUACCAAGACAGUGAGUGAGGCAAAACGAACCAGCGACGUUGUUCACGAGUUGUUACACAGCGUGCUGCACCGGGAAGCUAAAAUUGAACUCAAAUAUUUCUCUCUUCAGCUUCUUCACAAGAACAUUUCCUUCACUGCAUUCGAAUUCUUCACUCUGGACUUCACUCUGCUUCGUUCGAUACUCAGUGCGACAGCCACUUACCUCAUAAUUCUUAUUCAGUUCCGAAUGAGCGAUCCUUGGCAGUCCAGAAAUCGCAACUCUUCUGCUUUAUCUAUGAGACAUUGACAAAUUUAAAUAAAAACAUAUGGGUACUUCAAAAUUUAAUUGACAAUUAUCCUUUAAUAUUAAUAGUCUUUUAUUUAUAUCUUGUAACUUGGGCGCACCACGUUACAUUAAGGUAGUAGUCUGGUCAAACGCACAUU